AUGUAUUAUUUUGUUGCAGACAUGGCAGAGCCGAUUCAGCAGCUGACGAGGAACAACAAUCCCCAGGAGAGACAGACCAUCCCAUUCACUCUGAUCCAGCGCAAAGAAAAGCUUGGAGAUCUGCUUUAUGAAAAACGUCAGUAUGGGAAAGCCAAAUGGGCUUGUAUAAAAAUGAAAGAAAAACAGUAUGAACAGAGCAUAUGCCUUGGAUUCAUGAAGCUUAUGAGGUACAUUUGUGAGCAGAAUUCCUCAGGACUGUACUUGGGGAUAACAAUACCCAUUGUGACCAUAGUCCAUACGAAUGAAUCUCAAUCGGAGAUGACACAGUCAGUGACAGUAGCGUACUACCUGCCUGAAGUGCUGCAGGAUGAGCCACCUCAUCCUUUUGACUCGGACAUAAUCAUUGAAGAAUGGCCUUCUACUAUUGUUUAUAGUAGGUAA